GUACCUAAAGCUCAUUUAGUGCGUAGGCACCGCUUCGCAAGGUAAGGUGGCUCCUGAAAUCAAACAAACUAAUUAUUAGUUUUCAGAUAAUUAGCCAGUCUGUAGUUUGUAUUUGUUUAGUGAUAAUUUGGAUUGCCAACUAUACAACGUGUAAUCAUACAAACAGCAGAAGAAACAAUGGGUAUCUGCAUGACUACUGGUAAGACUAUACGAUGACACCGGAUUCAGUAGAAAACGACACUGAAAUUCAGACUAUAAGUAAAUCAAUUCCAUCAGCAAAAGGCGUACCUUUGGGGAUACCAUUCUCCAAAUUCAAUUGGAGUGAUGAAUCCAACAAUAUUACCACCUCCGCUGGGGAUUCCAGUGAUCCAGUCUUUGUUAUUGAUGCUUCUGCAGUGGCCAAUUUGCCCACAUUAAAUGACUCCCCAAUAAAAAAAAACUACAACGAAUUACCAAAACGGAUACCGUUGGUAAUUCAGAGAACUAUCAAGGAAUCGGAUAUUUACAACAUUCCGAAAAUUAAUAUAAUUUUCGUUUUGGACGCAGAAAUGCAAAGAUCAGAAAUUAUAACCAAUUUAAAACAUCUUACGGAAAUCAGCGGAAGAUUACACCAUGUUGAUAUGAUGCCGAUAUUUCUUGAAGUCGUUUCUACUAUUGGCAGCCAAGAUACAGACAUGAUUCCGCCCUCCAAAGCUCUUGAAGUUUUUAUCAAUCGAAUUUCAUCGGAAAUCAUAAACGUUGAUGCCGUUCUCGUCACGGGAUAUCCACGAAAUAUGCGAGAUGUAGUCGAAUACAUGGCAAGAGUUCAACGAAUCAGCGGUGUUAUCCUUCUAAAGGACCCCAACUUUCAGUUAUUUGAAUGUGAUGACGAUUCUACAUCAAAUGACGAUGUCAACCAGGAAUGGAAAAUGACGUCGAAUGCCACUGAUGAACAGCUGAGUCAUUUUCGAUCAAGCAUUUUCCCUGUUAUUCAGUUCUUCAAACAGGAAGAACUUCUCCACAUGGUCACUCUUGAACGAUCUUUUCUGGAAAUUUUCCACGAUAUUUACGAUAAAGUUCUGUUGAUCCUGUCACGACUUCCUCAGUCACCUACACAUGAAAUUAUGACGGAAGAGAAAGAAGUUGUGGACGCUACUACACUCACGUCACCUGUUCGUAAUAACUCUUCAAUUAGCCGAGAAGUCAGUUCGAAAGAGCGAUCAAGGAUCAAGUCUUCAAACCUACACCAAAAGGCCUUGAACAAAGAUGUCAGAGACGUCCUUUCGUUGGUACAAGCUGGGUCCAUUAUGGAGAGGGUGUCUUCUGUUAAUGCAAAAUCAAGGAAGAAGUAAGGAGCCCCUAAUAGUGUGCUGAGACAUUUUUUUUUCUUAAAUGGACGCCCGUCAAGGUUAAUAAGUUCAAAGUAUCAAGUUUCGCAGCACAUCAUUAAUAAUAACACAGAAAAAAAAUCGCUUUCCGCACUUUCGUGUAGCCCAAAUGACAAACAAGAUUAAAUCCAGGAUUGUAUAUUAGCUACCAAUAUAAAUACUUAAGAAAUAAUAAUACACGAUUAUGUUAACCAAA